GAGAAUUAGAGGGACUUCAGAGUUUGUUGGACAGAAAUUGGGAAGUGGGCGGGGCCACCUGAUGACGCGGAGGAGCGGAGAAGCUGCUGUGUCAGUCACUGUUUGAGAGGCAGCUGCUGAAGUCCACUUGGAAACGGAUAAGUCUCAAUUCACGAGGAAUCAGGACACGAAUUCAGCUCCAUGGACACUUGAUGACUGUUUGGCAAAAUGUGAAUAAAUGUCUUGGGAUAGAGAGCUUCCUGCCACUGAGAUCAGCAGGCUUCCUUUCUCUUUGCUGCUGCACAUCUGAAGAAACAAGCCAUCAGAGUUUUAUCAGAAGAGGUGAAUGAUCGAGAGAAGCAGCAUUAAGAGACACCCUGCAGACAUGUGGGGAGCUCACUUCCUGCCAGGGAUGCUCCUGCUGCCGACCUUCUUGUGUGCACUGGCAGCUGACUUCCCGUUCACAGCGCCUUUGGACCUGGAUGUGACUCCGCGUGUCACUGUGCUGAGCAGCGGUCUCCAGGGCUGCAGGCGUUUUAGGUCUUCUGCAGUCCCCAUCAGUACGAUGCUGCUGCAGGAUGACAGUGAGCGGCUCUAUGUGGGGGCUCAGGGGGCAGCUUUUGCUCUGAAUGCCUCUGACAUCUCAGCCAGUCCUCCUCUCUCUAUUGAGUGGGAGGCCUCCAGUGAGAAAAAGAGUCUCUGUCUGCUCAAGGGAAAAGACAAUAAGACAGAGUGUUUCAAUCAUAUUCGCCUCCUGCAGAGGUUUAACUCAACUCACCUUUACAUGUGUGGGACUCAUGCCUUUUGGCCGCUUUGUGCAUACAUUGAGGAGAAGACCUUUGUUAUGUCCUCUGACCCUGAAGAAGGCAGAGAUAAAUGUCCUCAUGGUCCAAAGACGGGUUACACAGCUGUCAUUAUAGACCAGCAGAUAUACACCGCCUCGCAGUAUGAUUUUUGGAGCUUUCCAGAUAUUCGCCGAAACUCUCCAUCUCCUGUUUUGAGGACAGAGGAUGCUCCCACACGCUGGCUGAAUGAAGCUGAAUUUGUGGGCUCAGCUCUUGUACGGGAGAGUCUGGGCAGCAGCAACGGAGACGAUGAUAAGAUCUACUUCUUCUUCACUGAGAAAAGCCAGGAGCAGACGACAAGCUCCAGUCACAGCAGGGUGGCACGAGUGGCCCGUGUUUGUAAGGGAGACAGAGGAGGCCGUUUGACUCUCCAGAAACGAUGGACAUCCUUCCUGAAGGCCAGACUGACUUGCUCUGUUCCUGAGUUCGACUUCCACUUUAAUAUGCUGCGCAGUGUCUUUGUAAUGCAUGGCCUCACCCCACAGGACACACUGUUUUACGGCAUCUUCGGCCUGGAGUGGAAAAACGUGAAGGCGUCUGCAGUGUGUCGGUUCCCUCUGUCUGAAGUCCAAGAAGCCUUCGAAGGACCCUACAUGGAGAAUGAGGAUUCUGGCACUACCUGGAAGGAAUACGUUGGAAAAAUCCCGGAUCCGAGACCUGGAACUUGCAUUACUGACGAUCUGAGGUCCAAAGGCAUAAACACAUCCACAUCCCUACCUGAUGAUGUCCUGGAUUUUGUUAGACGACAUCCUCUAAUGUCCAAGCAGGUCCAGUCUGCAGACAGGCGUCCCCUCUUGUUCAGGAGGGCAACAGACUACACACAGAUGGCAGCACAAGUGGUUCAGGGACUAGAUGAGCAAAUGUACCAUGUGUUAUACAUGGGCACAGAUGAAGGUUGGUUGCACAAAGCGGUAGAUAUCAAAGGUCAGCUGCACAUUAUUGAAGAGUUGCAGCUGUUUGAGCAACCAGUCCCUGUUAUCAGCGUGCUAAUAUCUUCAAACAAGAGGGGUGUGUACAUCGGCUCCCCAUCAGGCGUUGUUCAGCUGCCGCUCUCUAACUGCAUAAGGUAUUCAUCCUGCUAUGACUGCAUCUUUGCCCGGGAUCCUCACUGUGCCUGGAACGGAGCAGAGUGUGUGGACAUGAUGACCCAGUCCAACAGAUCCAACUUAAUCCAAGACAUACUGCAUGGCAGAACGGGCUGCGAGAGCACAAGAUACGACGUGGUCCAGCGGAGUCGCUCUGUUCGGGUUGGUGAUGACGUGCUGCUUCAGUGUGAGCUAAGCUCCAACUUGGCAACACCCUUAUGGACGCUGGACGGUAGCCAGGUGCAGGGCUAUGACCUCAGCUCUGGCUUCAGAACAGGGACAGACGGCCUGCUGAUCAUCGAAGCUCGACAUGACCAGAGUGGUCUCUACACCUGUCAUGCUGUUGAGAACAACGUCAAGGUUGCUGUAGUAACCUACAAUGUAUCCAUCAGUCUGGAUUUGCCUCCCCCUCCGCACACUAAAAAGUUCAACAUAAUAACUACAUUACCAGCUCCAACUGUGCAUCCCUCAUCCGAUGGAGCCCACACACUCCUCCUGCUGUCCCCAAGAAACAUGGAAGCCAUUUACCUCUCCCUCAUCACAGUCCUUGGUGGGCUUUGUUUUGUCCUCACUGUUGUUCUUGCUUAUGUGGGCUUCUGCCUGCGGACAGGCCAGAGAGGGAAAUACUCUCUGCGUGCCGCGGCCGCAGCACACCCGAGCAGUAAGAGGAGCAGCAGGUGCAAAAAACAGCACAGAAUCUCAUCCAGCAUGGAGCUGAAGACCAUCUCAAGUCACUGCAAUGGCAUUUGUAAUGGAGUUUCCAAGCCGCGUAAUGAAGACCUGCAGGAUGGAGGCUUUUUACAGAUUGUUCCCGGUGAGGGUCAGACUUCAAUGAAUAAUGAGACUCCUCCACCAGCACCUCCUCUCCCUCCCACUCCACAACAUACAUCUCAAGAGUGUGACUUCCCAAAUGGUCUAUCAGCCACACUGCCCAGCGUUCUGAGGAGGAUGAACGGGAACAGCUACGUGUUGCUGAGGCAGAGUGACUCAGAAAACACUUCCCCGCUCUCCCACACCUUUUCUGAGGAGCUAAGCAGGAUCUUAGAAAAAAGAAAGCACACUCAACUGUUGCCCAGGCCGGAUGAGAGCUCAGUGUAGAUUUAUGGAGACCCUGUGCCUGUCGCAUUGACCCUUCAUUGUCGUAGACUAUAUCAAUGAAAAAGUCUCAUUUCCAUUAUUUGCUUGGAUUUUUUUUUUUUUUGACAGUUCUGCCUUUUGAACUACUGAGCCAUUUAUUUUGCUGUGAAAGACCAACCCCCCCAGCACACUACAGAUGAAAAUGAAACUUUCCAGUGAAGGUCAGAGUAUGAAUCAUGAAAAAAAAGUGCAAUCUACCUCACCUCAACACUGCCGGAAUAGACAUAUUGUCAAGACUGCUGUCUGUUCUAAGGAUUGGUGCUGAAAUAUCACGGAUCUAUGAAGAGCAAAGCAGGAUGCACAUUGCCUGACAAAAAGAAGUGAAGUCAUGGUGCAAUAUAAACAGAACUGAAGAGUGAAGUUUGUCUAUAGGGCAGCUAGCACUGUUUGUCUCUACAUGAGCUACAGCAAGGAUGGGCUAUGCAUUUUUAAAACCGGAUUCACUUAUUAAGAAAACGGAUGUAAAUGGAAAUGAGAGUAUUUUACUAUCAGACUGCUCUUAUGGUGACCCAUGAAAUAGUUCGGCUGCUGCUUGAUAGUCUUUCAUGUUGUUGACAGACUUCACCUUCGAACUGGUGACAUUUUUCUGCCUGCACUGUAGCCUCCAUGAGGCCAGCAUGCAGCUGCGUGGAUGGAACAACAAGGGAAUUUUACCACCAUGCUGUGUCUGUCUGCUGGAGAGGCUCUAUAACACUACAGACAUCCGCAGCAACAAGCACAAUGACGUACAAAACCAUUUUUAAAUAUGACUUCCAGGAAGAAACUAUCAGUUAAAAGUUGUGAAUAACUUCUUAAAACUUCAUAUUAAUGCAAAUUAAUCUACUGUCUUUUUAAAGAUAACAGUGAUGAUACUGUAUAUUAAUGUUUACUUAAUUUAUUUAUCGAAUAAGUAACCUCUGGUUAGCAUGGGCUAGUGUAAGAUUUUCAUGGUUCGAUAACCAUGGAUAAAAAAAACCAUGGGUUUCACAAUGUAAUGGUGUUAUGAUACAAGAAUUGAAAACAAAAAUGGACAACAUGGUCUGCUUUAGUUUGAAGCAGCUUAUCAACCAGUAGGUAGGUUGCUAAUUGUAGUUUUACAACAGUGUUACCUUGAUAACCUGCCUCUCGCCUGAUAUACACCUGGUGUUUAUGCAUCAGGAGCUUAAUCCCACACACUACCUGCAGGGAGUGUGUUCUAUUGUUUUUGCCAGUUGUGCACACCCCAGUUUUUGCAACAGUUUGCACUAAUUCACCAAACAAGAAAAGUGAGAAGGUAGUCUAAGAGCUCUUUGUUUUAAAAAGGACAUGCAUGGCUGAAUAUCAACUGAAGGAAAAUCUUGCAUAGACUUCCAAAAACAUCUUGGUAGUUAAACUGAUUGUGUAGCUAAUGCGUCCGCUGCAUCUGUAGUGUAAUUUGCUUGUAUACGCUAGUGAGGCAAUACAUCCAAAGUUUCACUCCUUUGGAAGUGUAGUCAAUUCUGUACCCCUUAAGAGAAGAUAGAAAAUAUAUUUAAAAAGUGCAUAAAAGGUAAAAGGAUGUUUUCUACAUACAAGUUCUGUCAGGAAGUCUGUAAAGCAGAAUAGUUUUAAGUUUCCAGAUCUAGAAUGUCUUGCACUUUCUCUACCAUGUAUGUGAGAAAUAAGAAGAAGUUUUCAGCUGUUCUAACCUUGAUACACCUUACUAAUGCUAAGCAGCCCAUGGGUAAUGUUUUCCUAUUGUUGUACGUUUAUUUAUGCCCCUUGCAGAUUAAGGUUGAAAGUUAAUAUUUUGACUUUACUCUUUUUACUUUUGAUGGAAGCAAUAUUAAGGUUUUAGAGGGACCAAGCAAGAGAGCCGACUUGAAUCUGAUUAGAAAUCUGUUGAGGGAACUGUAAUGCCUAAAAAUAAUUAUAGUACAAAAUCUGUCAGGGGUAUGGAUAAUAUAGGGUUUACAUGUAUUUGUUAACAAGGUCAGACAUUGUACAACCUGUCACAUGUGAAGUUCUUGACUGAUAAAAGGUUUAUUUUAAACCUUCACUCAUUUUUUGCCCUUUUUAUUAGAAAAUGUUUCAGUCCCAGUAAACUAAAUGGGAAAAAAAAAACAAAAUAGAACAUUGUCCUGUUGCAUCAAGAACAGCUAAACUAAAAUCAGAUUGAUUUUCUGAUGACAACCGUUUUGGAUAUUUGACAGUAUUAUUCUGCUUCAGUGCACUUUAAGUACCACUUUAUUUUUUUAAAUUGAGGAUUUUCUAAACACUGAUGUAAAGUUAGGGGAAUAUUUGGCCCUUUUGUUCCUCCGUAGAGGGGUGGUGUAUGUCGCAGCUUUGUUUUGCAGGACUGUUCGACAAAGUGAACCCAAAUGCUAUUUGAACCGAGCCUAAACGCACAGCUGAAGGACACCCAACAUGAGAGCGACUGACUGCAAGAUGUGAUGAGCACAGAGAGGGCUAUCUCCCUGUGUAACAUGGCAGCACUGGAUUCAAAGACGUUUUAAAGAGGGCAACAAUCUUCAACACUGUAAAAAGGGAGGUGGAGUCAGAACCAAGGCUCUCCAAGGGCUACUAAAUAAGAGUUGAAGCUUUACCUCGCCUGCAGCGCUUUGUUUGUCCAGGCUGCUAAUCUCUGUGUGCAGAGCGUGCCUCUUUGCUUCUGUUAGAUGCAAAAUGUAAUUACUUUUUUUUCUUCUGCACUGCAUGAACAAUGUUCAAGUAUCGAUGAAGAACAAGGACAGCUGGUAUUAGAAUAAAGUGCAAUGGCUGAGGUUUAAAUAUACUUUGUGAACCUAUUCUGAAAUAAAACCAGAUUUAAAAAAGGGUUUUAAAAAUAAAAGCACAGUUAUUUUGUAGUUUUGUACAAUGUAUAUUUUAUUAGCAUUGUUGUUGCACAAAGUAUGAUGCAUAGAAGCAAAGCAACUGAAAGCAUGCAAAAAUACUUACAGUAAAGUAAAAACUACUACAAUACGGUGCAUUUUAUGAAUUUGUCACUUUAAUCCUAGUAUUUUACUAAGUGGUUGUUGAGGCUUUUUUCUCUGUUUUUCAAUUGCUGCAUGUUAUUCUAUAUGUGCACACAGAUUUUUUUUCUUUGAACUAAUGCAAAGAAUAACUAAGAAGUGCUUUCCGUC